AUGUCAUCGUACGACCAGCAAGCCAAACUUCGUCCCAUCCGAACAAGCGCAGUCCAUCAUCGACAACUAGGAGCUGAUCCUGCCUGCGCCCCAUUGAGACGCAACACAGAAGAAGUAUCCAUCGCCAUCAACUUCUUACUCCAAAGCGUAACGGACACGAGACUGGGCUAUGUGACGGUGCUACAAACGGGUAGUUUGCCGGGCAUGGGCCGAAAAGGAUCCGGAGAGUCCUAUCUGCUGCUUCAAAUCACGCCAUCUUGA